CGUUUCCCACCCAAUCAGAAAACACUUGCAUUUUAAAAUGUCGAUUACUUUCUGCUUGGCAGCCGGCACCCUUUUAAUUUCUGUUCUCAUUAUGAAUGUUAAUCAGUGAGUGACGAACCUCGAAAUUUGGAAAACGUACUGCUACUAGCUAGCAAUGCUAGUUCUUCUUUUCAGAGGUCAAGAGAGACAGUAUUGUUGACAAUUGCUUCACUUUCGUUGUUGCCAGCUCGGCUGACUACCACACAGCAAGCAAGCUGGCUAGCUUGCUAGUUAAUGCCGAAUGGGAACCCAAGAAGAUGAGCGAGAUUGGGUGGACGUGGCGAAUGAUAUCCUUAGCAAGUGUCACAUUAACCUAAGACUGAAGAAGGUGACGGACUGUAAUGCCAAUGUUUUUGCUGCCUUGUAUGAGGCCAUCUUGGGAGAGAAAGUCCCAGACUACAUCGCCACCCCGGGCAGUCAGGAGGAUGAUGUCCACAACAUCCAGUCUGUGAUCGACUCCCUGGCUCUGGAUUACCUUCAGAUCAGCCUUUCACACAUCACAGGCGAGAACAUUGUACGAGGGGACAAGGAGUCCAUCAAGAACCUGUUGGAGAUCUUUGACGGGCUGCUUGAGUAUCUCACCGAACAGAUCAGUGAAGAGGAGUCGCAAAAUGGAGACAAGGAACCAAACGGUGUUCCUGUUGAGGAUGCCCCCCUCCCUACAGGGACAGUGGUCCCCCAGACAGAGGAACAGGAGGCCCUAAUGGAGAGAGCCUCCCAGUAUUCUAGUGUGCACUCUGCCGUCCAGUCUAGCAGCAAACAUUCCCUUCACUCUUGGAAUGCAGAGGAGACGGGCUCGACCAAUGAGCUUAUCCUCCUGGGAGACUCCGCCCGCACGUUCACGGCCAAACAAGAAGUGGAAGCCUCUUCCCAAGCUCCGGGCCCCAGCACCACGUGUGCCCCGGGAACCCCAGGCACCCAGGCCACUCUACUGAGGGAGCCCCUGCGCUCGGCCAUCCCCCUGCAACCCCCCUACCAGACCACCCCCCACAGGCCCGACAGAGCUCCCCACUCGGGUAGCCAGUCUCCCCCAGCCAACGGUCUCAGCAGCGGGGCUGCAGUGGCGCAGGAGGCACCCACUGGCACCUCAGAGUCCCCAAGGCCAGGGGCUGACACAGUUACCAAUGGAGUGCGCUCGCCAGCCCACAACCACUCACCUGUCGAGAGUGAGAAGUCUGUGUCCAGUCAAACCAAGGUCAGGCUAGAGGAGGCCAAGGAGCAGCCAGAGCCUACCAGUGUGGGGCCCAGGAGGGUUCUAUUCCGGACACAGCCAGACAUUCAUUUCCUCACCCUGCAGGAUGAGCUGGAGGACAAGGCACCACUGGACACUGAGGAAGAUGAGGAGGAAGAGACCUUCACGCAGCAGGACAGCUGGGCUCACAGGGGGCGGACGGGGCUCAGUAGUAGCAGGGUACUAGAGGAGGAGGAUUGUGAGGAGCCUCUCUCCUGGCGUAGACAGAGAAACAGGAAGGCAGAACAGGAGCUGCACCACAUGUCUGAGAAGCUGUCCCGACGACUAGAGGAGCUGGACCUGAUGUUAAAGAGAGCGCUAGGAGAGAGCGGAGAGCCCGACGAGGUCAAAGAGGAGGACAAACUGUCCCACCACAGUGACAGUGUCAUGGAGUGUCGCAGGCCCCCAAGGAGGCCAACAGGUACUCCGCGAGCCCCCACAGCCCGUACCCGCUCCCUGUCCCCCUCCCCUCCCCGGGCCCGUCGCUCUCUCUCAGGUCAGCUAGAGGGCGCCAUGAGAGAGGCGGUGCGCGGAGAGGUCACACAGAGACACGCCGCCCGUACGGGCCGACGGGAACUCCACCAUCUACCGCCCCAACACAAACAGCUGGAAAAAGCCUAUGAGGAGGAGCUGAAAGUGUACGAGGACAGAGAACGGGCUGCUAUGGCCAAGGAACGAACCAGAGCACAGGAGGCGGAGAGGGAAUACAGAGAGGCCAUACUGAGAGAUGUUCCCCGAACCCCCAAACCGUCCCAAGUGUACACCACAGCAGCCCAACACCGCUCCCCCAGGACCAGACAACCAACUCCGGGCCGCAGACGACAGGACAAAACCAGGAGAGCCCCACCAAUGAAGGUGAAGGACAACGACCUGCUCCCCCUGCUCCUGGAGGAGUUCCCCCACCUGCACCUCUCGCCCCACGCCCUGGGCAGGAUGUGGCAGCAGCAGCUGGGCCAGGUGGACCGCCUCAACGCCUCCCUCUCCCUGGACAACCAGAGGCAGGGGCCACGCACUAAACUCACCAGCCAGGUGGAGGAGGUUCAGAGGAGACACAACCUGCUGGUGGAGAUCAUCCGCAAAGAGCAAGAACACAACAGACGCCUGAGGGAUUUUAAGGAGCGUAUCCAGCAACAGAAGUCGACUCAGAACCGUCUGAAGGAGCAGAGGCAGCAGAUCGCCCGGGCCAAGAAGUACCACAGUGACUACCACGUCCAGCUCCGCGCGCGCAUGAUGAGGGCCCGCACGAAAGAGGAGAGGAUGUUUAAGCAGGUCUUUGAGGAGGGCUUGGAGGUGCAGAAGGCUCGUCUCCGAGAGCAGAGGGCCUACGCCAAGGAGCAGCGCCAGGAGCACCAGAACAAACACCGAGACCAGAUCCAGUCUAUGGAGAACUAUUACAAGGACCAGUUUUCAUUGUUGGCUGAAACUCUCGCUAUAGAGCGACAGGAUAUCCAAGUACGGAAGAAGGCCCAAGAAAAGGCCCUUCAGAAGAUGAAGCGAGAGCUGCGCUCCAAGAUGGAGAGGGAGAUAGGUGAGCUGCAGAAGAUUAUCGUCCAGGACGACGACGACGAUUACUUCCACGGCCUGGAGGUCCAAAGGUUACGGGGUCGCGUGCAGAUGGCUUCCUUCCAGUACAACACCAGCUGUCAGCACUGACCCCGCUAAUGAGCUAGCAAUCUAUAGCUACCUACCGCUAACUUUCCUUCGGCUGCUAAAAACAAACUUUAAAGUCUCUAAAACCCACGGAUCUGAGUCCUGCUCCUCGAUUGUUUUAAAUACUUGAUUAUUUAAGAAUGUUAAAAAAAAAAAGACUCCCUCACUGUG